CUUUAGGAACAUUGAAUAACACAUCCAGAAGCAGCUCGAUAUAUCACAGCUUGACGACAUCAUUCUCCGAAGCCAAUUGGGCAUAUCCCACAUUUCACCACCACAUAACCCCGAGAUGCAGGCUCUCCGGACCAGAGCAGCUUGCGCAGCCAGGCGCGCGCGGCCUACCACAACCACAACCACCACCGCACCGCGAGCCUCGCGGUCCUACGCCUCCGGUCACGACAGCCAUCACCACCACGCCGCGCCCGAGGCAGCGGAGGGAUUAGGAACAGCCUUCUACGUCUUCGCCGCCGCCGUCCCCGCCGGCUACGUCGCCUACUCCAUCUCGCGGCCCGGCCCCAACGGCGAGGAGUCCAGCGUCUCCACGUGGCUGCGUAGCUUCGACUACUUCAACGACUGGGAGCUGCGCAACACCCUGCGCACGAAUAUGAUCGAGCAGGCCGCCCACGACAAGCACUUGCUCAUGAACGCGGGCAAGAGCACGCACGUCGAGCUCAAGACGCCCGAACUCCUCUACUCCGGCUCCCCCUGGAACGUCCCAGCAGGCCACUACCCGAACCUAGACCACGUCACCGCGCACUACCACAAGAAAGCCGCCGAGGAAGAGGAGCGCAUAGCCAAGGCCCUGUUAGCCAAGGCCAAGGCGCAGGAGCAGGAGCAAAAGCAGGAGACUUCGUAACGGGCGCGUACAUACAUAUAUACCUACCUACCUAGGUACCUACCUAACAUAUAUCUCUGCGCGGCAAAAUGUACAUAAACAUAACAUACCUUAGGUUAGGUACCUAGACAUGCUCCGACAAACAAGCAGACAGAUGGCUGCUAGAUAAGCAAUAGCCUCUUUAUUUUGUCGUUUACCGAUUAGAUUUGAUUCUUUGGGAUUUGUUAGGGCUCUAUAUUAUGCCUUUCGUAUCUGGUUUUGGAAAACACCAAUUCUGGAUAUACUAUAUCGAGUGCCGCAUAUAUAAAGCCUCUUAAGACUAGUAUCUGCUAAGGAUUGCCGUUGGGAUAUCAUCUUGCCAGUUAUAAGAGUUUGACAUAUAAGAACUUCGUAAACGAAUAUAAUUUCAGUACGGGGCCCUCUCUUAAUCUGGUCAACAUUUAUGAAUUAUAACCCAUAUAUUAGCAAGC